AUGUACGGCACUCAGCUGCCGUCGCCGUCGCCGUCGCCGUCGCCGCCGCAUUUCGCGCGUCGCGACACGACGAGUGUACUGGCUUUUCUUCUGGAUCAGCAAAAGAUGUUUAAGAUAUUGCCAAAAAUACAUAACAAUCAUUUUGAAUUAAAGGAUUCUUUUACUAAAAUGAAAGUCAAGGUAGCUGCAGCCCAGCUUAGUGAUACAGUUGCUGCAGUUAUUGAAACUUAUGUGGCAUUUAAUAUCUUACCUGCAGAGGCAAUGUACACUGCAGAAUUUGUUGAAAAGAUGGAUUGUUUAUUUGAUUCACUGAACAGUUCCUAUUAUUAUCCACAAGAUGGCAAGUCUUAUAAGUGUGCCCUCUCUGCAGAGUCCCCACAUAUUGAAAUGUGGUACAGUCUGUUAAAGGAAAUGGAAAAUUGGAAAGUGUUGGAGCUAGGCACAGGGAGAGAUAAGACAAAUAUGUUCAGUUUCAUAAGUGCGUGGUAA